CCGACGGGAAUCAGAAUGAGAUGACCAGACCCGGCAUUUGAAACUUACCUGGGGUAACAAUAGACAGUUUUAUCUGCAAUACAUUCUGCAAGCUGACCAACUGCUUAUGCAGCGAUGAUUUAUCGGCCGUGGUGCGCUGCACAAACCCGGAGAUUUGGCGGACGGCCACGCCUUGGGCGUAGGAGAAUGCCGCUUUGGAGACAAGCGAAGCGCCGGAUAUGGCAAGGGUCGCGAACAGCUGAUCCAUUAUGGUCUCCCUACUGUGUUACCAGAUCGUUCUUAUGUUUUCCCACGUGAGGGGAAUCAGGGGAUGCCCAAAGGACUUUGGGUCGUUCGGAGAUGGGCCUUCACAGAAUUCAAGGCUUUCAAACGGCGAGACGCGUUCUUGGACGGCUUGUCUUCGAUCUCGAGCCCGACUCCUGCCCGGGACUGAAGAGACUCCCGGACAAGACAAGCACCGCCAGGCACCUUACGCCGUGGUCCCCCGUCCUCAUUUAUACUCAAGUUUCCAAAGAAUCAUGCCGAAAUGCACGAGUACGGGCCAUCUACUGACAAGGAGCUCUCAAACUUAUACACAGACAUGCGCCCGCGCAAAGCACGUACAGAGUAGGUAUCUCGCAUACCCAACCACUAAGCCACGGAACCCCCUCCCGGACCCGGCACAAUGACCUACCGCACUCUCCUAACGAGAUGAGAGCAUGGUACGCACUGGGGCGGCCGUCAAUCCCGAGUGUUGGUCGUUCGGACUCUUUCCGGACGCGGAAAUUCCUCAAUUCGGACAUUAUGUCAGCGUGAGUGUCGACUGAGUGUCGACGCGUCGUUCUCACAAC